GCUGGCCGGGCCACCAGGCCCCACAUGAGCAGCAAUAGCUUCGACGAGACGGAGCUGCUCGUGGCGUGGAUCUGCGAGCGCAUCCGGCUGCCGGGCUACGCGCCCACCAAGUGGUCGCCGGCCGACUCGGCGAUCGUCAAGGAGUUUGCGGAGAGUGCCAACGUGCCCGCGCUCUUCGUGUCGACGACGCCGCCUGCCGGUGGCCUCCGCGUGAGCACCGCCGCGCCGCGCGACGCCAGCUCCAUCUUUUACUUUGUCAAGAACGGCCAAGUAGCCGUGAAAGCGUCGAGUGCUGCCAGCAGCCUCCAGUUCGGGUCCAUCUCGGGCGAAGGCAUUGCGUCAUUGCUGCAGCUCAUGAACACGUUCUACCUCCAGCGACUGCAGCACGAGAAGAACUGGCCCGAGAGUGUUCAGAAGGAAUUCACAGCGCAGUUCUACCGCUUCAUGUCGAGCUUGACCGAGACGGUCUCCCGGGGCCUCGGCAAGACGGUCUUGUACCUGCCACCGAUCGCGAGUGAGAAGAUGAACCACAAGGACAAGGACCUUGUCCAGCAGCUCGAGUCGACGGUGAUCCAUUGGACGCGGCAGAUCAAGGAGGUCGUCAACAACCAAGACAACGCCCACGACGCAGAAGGCGCGGGGCCGCUCGAAGAAAUCAAGUUUUGGGAGCACCGCACCGAAGACCUCUCGGGCAUCACCGAGCAGCUCAACCGCCCUGGCGUCAAAGACAUUGUCGACAUCCUCACGCUGGCCAAGUCGUCGUACUUGCAGCCGUUCGAAACCCUGAGCCAGAUCAUCAAGCAAGGGUCGUUCGAGGCCAACGACAACCUCCGGUUCCUCAAGAAGCUCUGUCCGAUCUGCGAGCAAAUGGCGAAAGCGACGCCGAGCGAGAUUCCUACGCUCUUACCCAAGCUCCUCACGUCCAUUCGGCUCAUUUGGAUGUACUCGCGCUACUACAACACCGAGGACCGCAUCACGUCGCUUCUCCGCAAGGUCUCGAACGAGAUCAUUGCGCUCUCGGCCAAGACCAUCUCGCUACGCGACAUCUUUGACGGCGACGUCGUCCGCAGCAUCCGCAACCUCGAGGAGACCAUCGCGUGCGGCGUGGCUUGGAAAACCAUCUACGCCAACGUCACCAACGCCGUCCAACGCGAAGGCGCGCUCCAGUGGCAUUUCGAUGAUACGAGCAUCUUUGCCCAAGUCGAUGCGUUCGUGCAGCGCUGCCGCGAGCUCCUCGAAGUGUGCGAGGGCCAGAUUCAGUUUGCGCGCAAAGGCGGGGGCUCGACGAGUCUGCCGUGUUUUGGCGGCAACCGCGGCCUCGAGAUCGUGAAAUCGCUCAUGGGCAUCGAGACGCAGUUUGAGGGGCACAUUGACCGCCUCCGCAAGCUCGACUACGACAUCCUUGACGUCAAAAUCACCUUCUGGCACAGCGACUUUAACGCGUUCAAGAACGGCGUCAAAGACUUGGAGGCCAUGACGCAAAACGUCGUCAACGCCGCGUUCGACUCGGUGUCGACAAUUGCGGCCGGCUGCGAUUUGCUGCAGGCCUUCCAGACCAUCUCCAAGCGCGAAGCCAUUCGGCGCUGCCUCGAGAAGCGUACGAUCGACGUGUACGCGAUGUACAAGGCGCAGAUCUCGACGGUGCGCAGUCUCUUUGAGAAGAACAAGGGCGCGCCCCCGCUCUCGGCCACCGAGCCGCAGUACGCAGGCGCAGCGCUCUGGGCGCGCGGGCUCCUCCUCAAGUGCAAGGAAGAUCUCACGCGCCUCUCGCAGCUCACGAGCUUGCCCUCGGGCGCGAUCGAGUUUGACGAAGCCACGUCGCACUUCGAUGGCCUCAAAGCCGUGCUGAACGACUACAUUCAGAAAAAGUACCACGACUGGAUCGACGAGCUCAAUGAACUGGGGCAAGCGAACCUCAACGCGCGGCUCGAGAACCCGCUCAUGACCAAAGUCGGUGCCGAGAUGCUCGCCUCCGCCGCGGCCUUGCCGACGGCCGACGCCCUUAGCACCAAUUCGAAUGCUGCGGCGUCGGUCGCGCAGCCAGCCUCCGGCGACGCACCAGUCGAGAAGCUCAUUGGGCGCUCCAAGAAAGGGUUUCUGCACUGCAACUUUGACCGGCCGCUGCUCCAGCUCUUUGCCGAGGUGCAUUAUUGGCUCUACUUCAACGGCGAGGUCCAGAUCCCGUACAUUGCUCACGAUAUCUGCAACCAGAAGGAGCAGCUGCGCGUGCUGCGGGAACACGUCGUGCUCGUCAUCCGCGACUACAACCGCAUUCUGCACGAGCUUUCGUCGACCGAGCGUCGGCUCUUUGACGACAUCAUCCGGAAGCUCGACCGGCGCAUCCAGCCCGGGCUUCAAAAGCUCACGUGGCAGAGCAAGGGCAUUGUCGACUGGUACGUGGCCGACUGCCGCAAGCACUGCGACACGACGUACCGCAUCGUGCGCGAGUUCCAGGACAACAAGGAGCUCAUCGCGAGCAACUGCAAGAUGAUUGCGGGCCUCAUGCACAUUGCGAUCGAGCGCAACUCGGUCUACGACGACGGCGUCUUCGAAGUCAAGCAAGCGAGCCACCGCAAGGAGAUUGAGAAGAAGCUGCGCGACGCGUACGAGAGCAUCCGCAGCACGAUGGGGGCCAUGUACACGCACUUUGCCAGCGGCCCCCCGGACGUCCAGCGCGAGUGGGCGCGGUUCGUCGAGCGCGCCGACAAAAGUCUCGAAGACGCCCUCCGUCAAAGCGUCAAGAAAUCGCUCCAGGAGCUCAGCAAAGCCAUCAACGGCGACGCCAAGACGGACCCGCACCCGCUCUUCCGCGUGCACGUGGUCCUCGAAGACGGCCGCGUCGAGUUCCACCCGCUCAUGUCCAACCUCACGCAGAUGGUCAACACGGUGGCCAAGGAGAUCUUCAACGUCAUCUCGGUCGUGCCGCGGCUCACAUCGCUGCUCACGAGCACGGCCGAGCCGGUCGCGGACGCGCCGGUCGUCGAAGACACGUUCUACCAGUCGAUCUUCCAGGACGAAGAAAUCCUCAAGGUCCUCGUGCACAUUAUGAACGGCAUGUCGGCGAGUGCGACCGAGCUGCAAAAGUACCUGGGGUACUGGGACAAGUACAAGCUGCUCUGGAACCAAGACAAGCAAGCGUUCAUUCGGCGGUACGCCAAGGCCAAUCGCCCGCUCUCGCAGUUCCGCGUCGACAUUGAGCGCUACCGCGAGCAGCAGGUGUCCAUCGCGAACGAAGACCUCACCAACACCAUCAACUUUGUGCAAAUCGACACGAAUCUGCUCAAGGCGAGCCUCGUCGACCACACGGUCCAGUGGAUCGGCAAGCUCACGGGGCUCCUCAACCAAACCGCCGCCGACGAGCUCCGUGCGCUCAACCUGAUGAUCAAAGAGAACACAAAGAAGCUGCUCGUCAAGCCCGGGAAUCUCGACCACCUCGGACAGAGCAUUACGCUCUUGCAGGAAAUCAAGGACUCGGCCCCGAGCGUCGAGGCGCAGUUCGAGCCGCUGCAGCAGAAGUACGACCUCUUGGCCGAGUUUGACGUCCAAAUCUCAGACGACGAAGCGCGGGACCUCGCGGGCUUGCGGCCGCAGUGGGAUGCGUACGAGCUCAUGAUGGUCGAGGCCAACGCGAUGCUGCAAAAGUGCAAGAUGAGCAUGAAGCAGUCACUCCAGGACACGGUCGCGGAGCUGAGCCACCACAUGAUCGAGCUCCGGACCGAGGCGGUGGCGUCAUUGCCCUACUCGGACGUCGAUACGACGUCGGCUUCUGCGCAUGCGACGCUGCUGGCGUUUGAGGCCAAAAUGGAGGCGACGCGGGCGCGCCAGGCUGCGCUCAAGAAAGGUCUCGACAUCUUUGGCAUCGAAGAGUCGCCCAACGAAGACUUUGUCCGAACCGAGAAGGAGCUGGAGCUCUUGCAGACGAUCUGGGCUAUUUACGACGAGUGGGACGGCGUCUGGUCGAGCUGGAAGCACAACGUCUUUACGUCGCUCGACGUCGAGCGCAUGGAGAUGACGGCCGCGCAGUUCUUCAAGAAGAUCUCGAAAGCCGGGAAGGACAUGAAGGAGUGGGCGGUCUGGGCGUCCAUGAAAGAGAAGAUCGACCAGUUCCGCGCGACGCUGCCUUUGAUCCAGGACCUCAAGAACGAAGCCCUUCGGCCGCGCCACUGGGCGAUGCUCAAGGAGGAGAUGGAGAAGUUCUUCGAUGCGACCGCCGAAGACUUUACGCUCGAGAAGGUCUUCUCGCUCGGGUUUCACUUGCACGCCGAGUACAUCUCGACCAUGUCCUCGAACGCGUCCAAAGAGCUCUCGAUCGAGCAGGCGCUGGACGGGAUCGCCGAGCGCUGGAACGGCAUCGACCUCGACCUCGUCGAGUACAAGUCGGUGUACUUCAAGGUGCGGUCGGCCGAAGACCUCUUCACGGCGCUCGAGGACGACCAGGUGCAGCUCUCGACGAUGAAGGCGUCACCGUUCUUCGACGCGUUCAAAGCCAAGAUUUUGUACUGGGAGUCGGCGCUCUCGCACGUCUCAGAGGUCGUCGAGACGCUUCUCGGCGUCCAGCGCUGCUGGAUCUACCUCGAGUCGAUCUUCAUGGCGAGCGAGGACAUUCGGAAGCAGCUGCCACUCGAGUCUGCUCUCUUUGACGACGUCAACCAGGGGUACAUCCGCGUGACGUCGUCGAUGGCGUCGGCCAAGAACGCACUCAAGGGCACGCAUCUCCCCAACACCCUCGAGACGCUCGUCGACAUGCAGGCCAAAUUGGACCAGAUCCAGAAGUGCCUCGACCAGUACCUCGAGACGAAGCGGAUGCUCUUCCCGCGCUUUUACUUUCUCUCGAACGACGACUUGCUCGAGAUCCUCGGCCACCAAAAAGACCCGGACCAAGUCCAAAAGCACAUCAAAAAGUGCUUCGAAGCCAUCAAGUCGCUCUUCCUCUUGUACCCGGGCACGCGUGGCAACCUCACGUUCGAAGCCGCGGGCAUGAACGCGCCGGACGGAGAGCAAGUGCUGUACCUCACCAACGUGGUCGUGGCCGGCGCCGUCGAAAUGUGGCUCUUGCGCGUCGAAGCGGCCAUGGUCGCGUCGCUUCAAAAGCUGUUUGCGGCUUGCCUCAUCGGGUACCGCGGCAAGAAGGACAAGUGGAUCAAGGAGUUUCCCGGCCAGCUCCUCAUCACGUGCGGCCAGACUGCGUGGACCAACGAGUGCAUCAAAGCGCUCAACGACGUCUCCAAAGGCGACAAGAAGGCGCUGAAAACGCUCAAGAAGAAGUGGGUUUCGUACCUCAACAAGCUCGCCGACAUGGUGCGCGGCCAGCUCUCGUCGACCGACCGCAAGAAGCUCGUCGCGCUCAUCACGAUCGAGAUUCACUCGCGCGACGUGAUCGACCGCCUCGUCAAGCAAGCGUGCAAGUCGACCAACGACUUCGAGUGGCUCAUGCAACUGCGUUUCUACUUCAACAAGGACCUCGGCGACCACGGGAUCUGCGAAGUCAAGCAGACAGUCACUUGCCUCCAGUACAGCUACGAGUACCAGGGAAACAACGGCCGCCUCGUGAUCACGCCGCUCACGGAUCGGUGCGUGCUGACCAUGACCACGGCGCUGCACCUCAACCGCGGUGGCAACCCGCUCGGACCGGCCGGCACGGGCAAGACCGAGACGGUCAAGGAUCUCGGCAAGAACCUCGCCAAGUACGUCAUCGUCUUCAACUGCUCGGACGGUCUCGACUACAAGUCGGUCGGGCGCAUGUUUGCGGGCCUCGUGCAGUCUGGCGGCUGGGGCUGCUUCGAUGAGUUCAACCGCAUCGAGAUCGAAGUGCUCUCGGUCGUCGCGCAGCAAGUGCUCACGAUCAUGCAGGCGCUGACGAUGAAGGUCAAGGAGUUCGUCUUCCUCGGCACGAUGAUCCAGUGCAACCACAACAUGGGCAUCUUCAUCACGAUGAACCCGGGGUACGCCGGCCGCACAGAGCUGCCCGACAACCUCAAGGCCCUCAUGCGCCCGUGCGCCAUGAUGGUGCCCGACCUCGCCUUGAUUGCCGAGGUGAUGCUGCAAGCCGAGGGGUUCCGCGACGCCAAAGUCCUCGCCAAGAAGACGACGACGCUGUACGGCCUCAUGAUCCAGCAGCUAAGCAAACAAGACCACUACGACUUUGGGCUCCGAAGCCUAAAAGCCGUGCUCAACAUGGCUGGCGCGCUCAAGCGAGAGGACCCCAACAUGCAGGAAGAGCACAUCCUCUUGCGUGCGCUGCGGGACAUGAACGCGCCCAAGUUUGUCCGCGAAGACGCCGCGCUCUUCAAGCUCCUCCUCGGCGACCUCUUCCCGUCGAUCGAGCUCCCCAUUCCGGACUACGGCGCGCUGCAGAGCGCGAUCCAGCGCGAACUUGUGAGCCAGGGACUCCAGCUGCACCCCAACAUCCUCUUCAAAACGAUCCAAAUGUUUGAGAGCCAAGCGACGCGCCACUGCAACAUGAUUGUCGGUCAGACGAUGGCGGGUAAAUCCACGGUUUGGAAAACGCUCCAGAUGGCCAAGACGCUACUGGCGAAAGAAGGCGUGAGCGGGUACACCCCCGUGCGCGUCCAGGUGCUCAACCCCAAGUCGAUCUCGCUCAACGAGAUUUACGGGGUCUACGACCUUGCGACCUUUGAGUGGAUCGACGGCAUCCUCAGCGCCAUCUUCCGCACGCUCGCGAGCGACGAGAAGCAAGACGAGAAGUGGAUCAUGCUCGACGGGCCGGUCGACACGCUCUGGAUCGAGUCGAUGAACUCGGUCAUGGACGACAACAAGGUGCUCACGCUCAUCAACGGCGACCGCAUCGGCAUGAGCCCGUCCAUGGCGCUCCUUUUCGAAGUCCAAGACCUCUCGGUCGCCUCGCCCGCGACCGUCUCCCGCGCCGGUAUGGUCUACAUGGACGUCGAGGACCUCGGGUGGCGCCCGUACGUCCAGACGUGGCUCGAUACGAGCAUCGCGGACGCCGACGAGCGCGAGUUGCUCAAGACGCUCUUUGAAAAGUACGUGGUCAAACUGCUCGCGUUUCGCCGGACAGACGUCACUGAGCUCAUCCCGGUCGCCGAGUUCAACGGCGUCAAGAGCUUCUGCAACCUCUACAAGGUGCUGGCGACGCCCGAGAACGGGGUCGAGAAGAGCUCCGAGGUCUUUGCGGCCAUGGUCGAAAAGUGGUUUCUCUUCUGCCUCGUCUGGUCAGUCUUGGGCGCCGCCAACGACGACGGCCGCGCCCGCUUUGACGCGUGUCUGCGCGAGAUCGACACGGUGUUCCCGCCCGUGAAAACCGUGUACGAGUUCUACGUCGACCCAAAGACGCGCGACCUCAAGCUCUGGGACGAGAAGCUGCCGACCAACUACCGCGUCUUGCCCAACACCCCGUUCCACAAGAUCAUUGUCCCGACGAUCGACACGCUUCGGUAUGGCUUCUUGCUGCAGACGAUGGUGCUUGGCGGCCUCCACGCACUCCUCGUCGGCGACACGGGCGUCGGCAAAACCACCAUCAUCGAGCGCGAGCUCGAAAACCUCUCGGACACGACCUUUGCGCGCCUCGUCAUGAACUUUAGCUCGGCCACGUCGUCAUCGACGACCCAAGACGUCAUUGAAGCCGUCAUGGAGAAGCGCAGCAUGAACCGGUUCGGCCCCGUCGGCGGCAAGAAGCUCGUGACGUUCGUCGACGACCUCAACAUGCCGACGAAAGAUGAUUUUGGCUCACAGCCACCGCUCGAACUACUGCGGCAGUGGGUCGACUACGGCUGCUGGUACGACCGGAAGAAGCAGACGCUGCGGUACUUUGUCGACAUGCAGCUCGUGGCCGCCAUGGGGCCACCGGGCGGCGGGCGGUCGGUGAUUUCGUCCCGCUUCCAGAGCCGCUUCAACCUCGUCAACAUGACGUUCCCCGAGAACACGCAGCUGCGCAAGAUUUUCGAGACGAUGCUGGUGCCCAAGCUGAGUGAGUUUGACGACGAGAUCAAGCCCCUCGGCGCGCCGCUCGUCACAGCCACCAUCGUGCUCUACCAGACGGUCGAGGCCAACUUCCUCCCGACGCCCGCCAACUGCCACUACCUCUUCAACCUCCGCGACAUGGCCAAGGUCGUCCAAGGUCUCUUGACCGCUGAGAAACUUCUCAUCUCUGGUCGGGACGGCAUGCUUCGGCUCUGGAUCCACGAGGCCCUGCGCGUCUUUAGCGAUCGGUUGACGUCCGCGGCCGACCGUGCGCUCUUCAAGACCAAACUGGACGAGAUCCUCGCGGCGACGUUCCAGACCGAGUGGAGCCGGCUCCUCAACACGCACGCCGAGGUGCUGAAAGAGAGCGGACCGCUCUUCAGCGGGAUUUUGACGCCGUCUGAAGACGACGCGCCCGUCAAGUACGACGAAGUUGACGACGUCAAGGGUCUCAAGCAUUUCGUGGAAGAUCAGCUCGACAACUACAACGUUGAGCCGGGUCUCGUGCCCAUGGACCUCGUGCUCUUUGGUGACGCGCUCAUGCAUCUGCUGCGGAUCUACCGGCAGCUGACGACGCCGCGCGGCAACCUCCUGCUAGUCGGCGUCGGUGGCAGCGGGCGGCAGAGUCUGACGCGCCUCGCAGCCUUCAUUGCGAGCUGCGACCUUUUCCAGAUCGAAGUGACCAAGAACUACCGCCCCAUGGACUUCCACGAAGACAUGAAGAAGCUCUACAACAACACGGGCGUCCAGAACAAGCGGACAACGUUCCUCUUCAGCGAUACGCAGAUCAAGAGCGAGUCGUUCGUCGAAGACAUCAACAACAUUCUGAGCUCCGGCGAGAUUCCUGGUCUCUUUGAGAAGGACGAGCAGAGUACGAUCAUCGACAGCGUCCGGCUCCGAGCGCGCGCGCAAGGCGUGAAAGAGACGAAAGAAGGGCUCUGGGGCUUCUUCAUCGGCGAAGUGCGCCGCAACUUGCACGUGGUCUUGGCGCUGAGUCCGAUCGGAAAAGGGUUUCGCAACCGCGUGCAGCAGUUUCCGUCGCUUGUCAACAACACGACGAUCGACUGGUUUGACGAGUGGCCCCUCGAUGCGCUUCAAGAGGUCGGGAUGAAGUUCCUCGACGAGAAGCGCAUUGCGGCCGAGGCCCAGCGGCCCAAGAUCGCGACGGUGUUUGCAGUCGUCCAUAGCUCGGUCGUGCUCGCAUCGGCGCAGAUGCUCUCGUCGAUGAAGCGGCACAACUACGUCACGCCGACCAACUACCUCGCGCUCGUCAAAGGCUACGUCGAAUGUCUCCUCGAGAAGAGCUCGGCGAUCAUCGAUUCGCGCGACAAGCUCAAGAACGGGCUCGCAAAACUCGAAGAAAGCCGGACGCAGGUCGAAGAGAUGUCCAAGCAGCUCGAAGAGCGCAAGGUGGUGGUAGCGCAGAAGAAUAAGGACUGCAGCGACCUCCUCGUCAUCAUCGUCUCGGAGCGGCGCGUCGCCGACGAGCAGCGCAAGCAGGUCGAAGCCGAGUCCGAGCGCAUCUACAAGGAAGAGGUCGAGACCAAGAAAAUCGCCGACGACGCCCAGAAGGAUCUCGACGAAGCGCUGCCGGCGCUCGCCAAGGCCAUGGCCGAGGUCGACCUCCUCGACAAGAAGGCGAUAGCCGAAGUCAAAGUGUACUCCCAGCCCCCGGAAGCCGUCUCGCUCGUCAUGUGCGGGGUCAUGGUGCUCUUUGGUCUCACGCCGACGUGGGCUGUCGCCAAAGUCAAGAUGAACGACGUCAACUUUCUGCAGCAAAUCAAGACCUUUGACAAAGACUCGAUCCGCGACAAGACGAUCGCCGCGCUCAAAAAGUACACGUCCAAGGAGAUGUUCAAGGCCGACAUUGUCCGCAAGGUCUCGGGCGCCGCCGGAGCGCUCUGCUCGUGGGUGCUCGCGAUGGAAGUCUACUCGACCGUCUUUCGUCUCGUUGCGCCCAAGCGCGAAGUUCUCAAGAAAUCUCAGAACGCGCUCGAGUCCAAGCAAAAGGACCUCCAGCGCGCCAAAGGCAAACUCCAAGAGGUCACCGAGAAGGUCGAGUCGCUCAAGAAGCAGUACGACGACAGCGUGAGCGAGAAGAACGCGCUGCGGGAGGAGGCCGAAGUGCUCGAACUCAAGCUCUCGCGCGCGACGCAGCUCGUGUCCGGUCUCUCGGGCGAGCGCGAGCGCUGGCAAGUGAGCAUCGCGACAAAAGAAGCGUCGCUGCUCAACGUGGUGGGCGAUGCACUCGUCGCGGCAGCGUUCCUCUCGUACGCGGGGCCGUUCGACACGGCGUUUCGCGCGUCGCUCGUGGACACGUGGUCGAACCGGGUCGUGCAGCAGGGACUCCCGCUCUCGCCGUCGUUCCAGUUCACCGACUUCCUCGCCGACCCCACCGACGUUCGCCACUGGAACGCGCACGGACUGCCCCGCGACAACUUGUCAACGGAGAACGGUGUGGUCACGACCCGCGGGAAGCGCUGGCCGCUCAUGAUCGACCCGCAAGGCCAAGGCAACAAGUGGAUCAAGUCGCUCGAGGGCUCCAAGCUCGAUGUCGUCGACCCCAUGAUGAAGGACUUCCUGCGCAAGCUCGAGAACGCCAUACGCUUUGGCACGGCCGUGCUCAUGCAAGACGUGCAGGAGGAGCUCGACCCGAGUCUCGAGCCGAUCCUGACCAAGAGCAUUGUCAAGGUCGGGAACCGCGACAUCCUUCGCAUUGGUGACAAAGAGCUCGACUACAACCACGACUUUCGGUUCUACCUCACGACGAAGCUGCACAACCCCCACUACACCCCCGAGGUCUCGACCAAGACGACGAUCGUCAACUUUGUUGUCAAGGAGCAAGGCCUCGAGGCACAGCUCCUCGGCACGGUGGUGCAGAUGGAAGAGCCCGCGCUCGAAGAGCAGAAGUCCGAGCUCGUCAUCAAGGUCGCGGCCGCGAAGCGCAAGCUCGUCGACUUGGAGAAUGAGAUUCUACGCCUCCUCUCGGCCGCAAAAGGCUCACUCCUCGACGACGAGUCGCUCGUCAACACCCUCAAUGCGUCCAAGACGACGUCGGAAGAAGUGAGUUCGCAGCUCGUCGUAAGCGAAGAGACCGAGCGCAAGAUCGACGCCGCGCGCAUGGGCUACGUCGCGGUCGCCGUGCGCUCGUCGACGCUCUACUUUGUGCUCAACGACAUGACCAAGGUGGACCCGAUGUACCAGUUCUCGCUCGACUCGUACGUCGACUUGUUCAAAGAGUCGAUCGCGAAGAGCCGGUCGGCGCGCCAGACGCUGACGCUGACCGACGACCUUGGCGAGCGCAUCACGGCCAUCAACGAGUACCACACGUACGCCGUCUACGCGUACGCCUGCCGCGGCCUCUUUGAGCGCCAUAAGCUCCUUUUUUCGUUUCAAAUGUGCAUCCGCGUCCUCCAGAGCCUCAAGAAGGUGCCGCUGGACGAGUACGAGUUCCUCCUCAAAGGCGGAAGCGUGCUCGGCCAUGACGAGCGCGUCGCCAACCCGGUUGCCGACUUUUGCCCCGAGAGCACGUGGAACGCAGUCGUGGAUCUCAACCGGCUGCCCCGUUUCCAAGGACUCGUGUCGUCCUUUGAGCAAACGGGCAAGGGCUGGAAGCAGUGGUUCCAAAGCAGCGCGCCCGAGAUCGAGCAGCUCCCGGGCGACUGGGAAGGCAAGUGCAACGAGCUCCAGCGCAUGCUGCUUCUCCGCGUGCUCCGCUCGGACCGCGUGACGAUCCAAGCGUCCAAAUUUGUGGCCACGAACCUCGGCGCGCAGUUCGUGGACCCGCCCCCCUUUGACCUCCGCGCGAUCUACGACAACUCGACGUACAAGACGCCGCUCAUCUUUGUGCUCUCGCCAGGCGUCGACCCGACCAACAACCUCAUGGCGCUCGCCGAGACGCUCAAUAAGAAGGUCGAGAACUGCGCCCUCGGGCAGGGCCAGAGCGGGUUCGCCGAGGCCAUGCUCGCGCGCGGGCUCGAGGGCGGCCACUGGGUCUUCUUGGCCAACUGCCACCUCAUGUUGAGCUGGGCCCCGACCCUCGAGAAGCUCAUCGACAACUACUGCGCGAACCCGAGCGUCAACCCCAACUUUCGGCUCUGGCUCACGAGUGACCCGAAUCCCAAGUUCCCGAUUGCGAUCCUCCAGCGCGGGAUCAAGAUGACGACCGAGCCGCCGCGGGGUAUUCGCGCCAACUUGCUCCGGCUCUACAACACAAUGACGCCGGAGCGAUUUGCGCGCUGCAAGCAGACCAAGAAGUACAAGCGCCUCCUCUUCUGCCUCUGCUGGUUCCACGCACUCCUCCUCGAGCGCCGCAAGUUCAACAACCUCGGCUGGAACAUCCCGUACGACUUCAACGAGAGCGACUUUGCGAUCAGCGAAGACGUACUCGCCAUCUACCUCGACGAGUACGACGAGACGCCGUGGGAGGCCCUCAAGUACCUCAUUGCGCAGGCCAACUACGGCGGGCGCGUCACCGACGACUGGGACCGCCGCUUGAUGCUCGUGUAUGUGGGUCAGUUCUUCUGCGAGGACAUUCUCGAGCUCGAGAUGGCGCCGCUCUCCGAGUCGCCCGAGUACUACGUGCCGGACGACGGCGACCUCGCCACGUACGGUGACUUUAUCCGCAACCUCCCGCUCGAGGACCCGCCCCUCGCCUUUGGCCAGCACCCGAAUGCGCAAAUUGCUUCGCAGAUCGACAAUGGCCGGGAGCUCCUCAGUACGAUUCUGAGCUUGCAGGCCAUGGGCGGCGGCGACGGCGGCAAGGGCACCGACGAGAAGAUCCUGAGCGUCCUCCAGAACCUCAAGGAGAAGGUACCCGACCCGUUCGACCUCCCGACGGUCAAGCUCAACCUCUCGGCGCGCAGCGAUCCGGACGCGCUCAAGACCGUGCUCGUGCAGGAGCUCGAGCGCUACAACAAGCUACUGAGCACGAUCAAGUCGUCACUGAUUGCGCUCGAGAAGGGUCUCCAAGGCCUCGUCGUCAUCACGCCUGAGCUUGAAGGCGUCUCACAAGCGCUACUGCUCGGCGCAGUGCCCAAAGCGUGGAGCUUUUGCUACCCGUCGCUCAAGCCUCUCGGUGCGUGGACGGCCGAGCUCGAGCAGCGCGUCGCCCAGAUGCGCCACUGGGCGCACACGGCGAUGCCGGUCGUCUUUUGGCUCGCGGGCUUUACGUACCCGACGGGCUUCUUGACGGCGCUACUGCAGACGGCAGCGCGCAAGAACGGCGUCUCGAUCGACUCGCUCAACUGGGAGUUCCUCAUCGUCAACCAGCACGAAGACUCGAUUGUUGUCGGUCCCAAGGACGGCGCGUACGUCAAAGGUCUAUUCCUCGAGGGCGCCCGCUGGGACUUUGAGCACGACUGCUUGACCGAGCCGCUGCCCAUGGAGCUCUACUGCGUCAUGCCCAUGAUCCACUUUCGACCAGUCGAGAACAAGAAGAAGGCGGCCAAGGGCACGUACAGCUGCCCGCUCUACAUGUACCCGAUCCGCACCGGCACGCGCGAGCGACCGUCCUUUAUGAUCGCCGUCGAUCUCAAGUGCGGCGCCCAGCGGUCGCCCGACGUGUGGACCAAGAGGGGCACCGCGCUCCUCCUCUCGUUGAGCACGUAGGUAGUAAGUGGAGUAAUCCAACCCUCUGUACAUAGUUCA